CAUUUUGCCUGAUUCAAAAGGCUGAUCAUGUGGCUGUUUUUAUAAGCCAAACCACACUAAAGGAAAUUGUCUCACUUGUUAUUUUUCAAUGAGAAUGGGCGAGCUUUUUGCACACAAACAAUGGGUGUACUGUAGGCUAUUUGUCGGGUUACCUCAUAAUGCAUGAUAGGCUAGUCUACAGCCGUGUAUAACCAACCAAACAUUGUCGUUUUGUAAUAACUUGGUAAGAAAAUGUUUGUAAUCAAUUCAAACCUUACCGGUUGUUCCAACUAUCCCUCACUUGAGGACUACAAUGUAAGUGUUCCGUCAAAGUAGAAGAUGCAUUUCUAUUGGCCGCGCGAAUCUAUUCUCCUAGCAACGGCUUGGGCAUCGUUCCAAUUAGAAUCUCGAAUGUCUUCCCAGGCAGAAUUUUAAAAAUGAGGGGAUUCGAUUAAUAUAGCCCGGGCACCCGAUACGCAUGUUUUUAACAGGGGGAAAGUUGAUUGCAUUCGUUUUGGAACGGGGCAACCACCCGGGCGUACGCCAGGUUCAAAGUCCACGGCGAAGUCAGCUCAAAACAAAGGGGACGUUAUUAAGCACGAUAAGUAAUGAGUAGGAUUCUCUGUUUUCACAUGCAAACGUGAUUGUUUUUGAUAAAAACGUAUUAUCUGCAUUAGUUAUAGUUCGACAAUUCAAAGAUAUAAGCUAUUUGAUGGAAAUGGGAUGUAUGUUUCUGGACGGUUCACCAUGUUGCAUUGUUAACAACAUGACCGAGUGGCUCAGAUUACUGUUAGAUUUGAGAAGGGCGCUCCUGCCUCAGUGCAUUGGACGUUUACGUCACGGGCCGUGGUAUGGUGCCCCGUGGUUCAACAUAAUCGAAUCCGCCCAGUCCUUCGUUCAGUGAAGUAGAAUGAUUGGCAUGCCAACCCUGCAACAGUGUAGCGUUCACCGUUUCAUUGAACCAAUAACGUUGCGCGAGAGCAUUACAUUGUUGCAGUGGGUGGUGCUUAUGAUUUUAUUUCAAAACUAUUUUUGAGCAGAGUACGUAGCCUGUCUAUGCGGCCUGUUAUUUUUUGUCACUAAGCAAGUUGAGGGUUAAUUUGUCAUAUCAGUAUAUUUUUUUCAACGGAGACAGACACAUUUAUAGACCUUGCCCAGCGACGCAUUAUGCUACUUCAGAAAAAUAUUUGCUUCACUUUCUUUUAGUAUUUGAGGGGUAGAAAAUACCACAUUUUGCUGUUCGCUUCUGUGGGGCGUUUUAGUUUCAUGGGAUAAAGAAAAUAUAUUUUUCUUUAAUGAGUGUGUAGGCCAUUGUGCUGGACUGUAUGUUAGACGUUUUCGUUAUUAUUUAGGCGCGUUUAUAGUAAGACUGCAGUGAAAACAAGCCGUUCAACUUGACUUGCAACUAAUUCAACUUGACUUUAAACUAAUUGUUGGCUAAAGUCGCUAUCAGAAUGACCGAGGACAAUGUCACGAAAAGUAUUGAAAUCAUUAAAGAUCAACUGUAUUUCGCAGUACUGCAGCAGAAGAUAAAAAGCACAGCUGACAGACAUUGCUUCUGCAUAGAUGAUGAGCUGUCAUAUGAAAACUUCUAUGCAGACUUUGGCCCGCUCAACCUGGCCAUGUUUUAUCGCUUCUGUUGCAAGCUCACUAAAAAGCUCAAGUCAUGCACACUAGCAAAGAAGAAGAUAGUCUUCUACACCUGUGGAGAUCAAAAGAAACAAGCCAACGCUGCUUAUCUCAUUGGUUCAUAUGCAGUGAUGCAUCUUCAGAAGACGCCAGAGGAAGCCUACAGCCUACUGGUGUCCAGGAACUCUACCUACUUACCCUUCAGAGAUGCCUCUUUUGGAACCUGCAUGUACAAUCUGAACAUUCUAGACUGCCUGUGCGCCAUAUACAAGGCUCUGCAGUUUGGCUGGCUUGAUUUCUCCCAGUUUGAUGUGGAGGAAUACGAACAUUACGAGAGAGCAGAAAAUGGAGAUUUCAACUGGAUAGUUCCUGGAAAAUUCCUAGCGUUCAGCGGUCCUCAUCCAAAAAGCAAAAUGGAGAACGGUUACCCUCUUCAUGCCCCCGAGGCCUACUUUCCUUACUUCAGGAAACACAAUAUCACAACCAUCGUCCGUCUCAACAAGAAGAUGUAUGACGCCAAGCGUUUCACCGACAUGGGCUUCGAGCACCACGACCUCUUCUUCGUGGACGGGAGCACGCCAAACGACUCCAUCGUCAGGAUGUUUCUCAACAUCUGUGAGAACGCAGACGGAGCUAUUGCUGUUCACUGCAAAGCUGGUCUGGGUCGAACAGGCACCCUGAUAGGCUGCUACAUGAUGAAGCACUACCGCCUGACUGCGGCUGAGGCCAUCGCCUGGAUGCGGAUCUGCCGGCCCGGAUCAGUCAUCGGACCACAACAAAACUUUGUGGAAGAUAAGCAGAGCAGUCUGUGGUCGGAGGGCGACGUGUUCCGGGAGAAAAUGAACGAGCAGGAAAACGGCAAGCUGGCUGUCACCAGGAUCCUGUCGGGGGUUGAUGACAUCACCAUCAAUGGCAGCAACAAGAACAAGAUGUCAAAGAAAGAGGAGGCGGAACUGUAUAAUGACGAUGAGGAGAUGAAUGGCAUCACGCAGGGUGAUAAACUGCGAGCCCUGAAAAGCAAGAGACAGGCCAGAGCAUCCACAGGCUCCCUAUCACAAGAAGAAAAAAACAUCCACAGCAGGUCAUCGCAGUCUUUAAGGAUUCUCCUUCAGUCCAGUGGGCAGAGCUGUAAAGCUGUGGUGAACCCCUCCCAUCUCCCUGAUGCCUCCGAGAAAAGGAAGAGAACCAGAACCUCACUGCCUGCCAAUAGUGUGGGGGGCAGCUCCCUGUGCCACUCCAGACUAGCCAGGUCUCUAGACAGCAUGCAUGUAGUGACCAGUGACAGAGAGCCAGUGUGCCGUGAGCCCAGUUGUUGCCGUAGAGACACAGUCAACCUGCCCAACCUAAACAUGCUGCAGGCCCCUCGGAAGGCAAGCCCCUCCUCAACCCUUUCUCUGGGCUCAACCUCACUCUCUCCUACUCUGCGGGUCCCCCACACACCAAGGACGCACUGUGUCCAGAAGACGGAGAACUCGAUGCUCUUUACAAUCAAUGCGCUUAACGAGACUAUGGUAUCCGUUUCCCUUUUCUAUCCCUUUUGUAUGGCUCAUUGCUCAGCUAUGCUGUUGUGUGUCUCCAGACAACCUGCACUCUUAAUUGCCCACAUCUCUAAGUCCUUUAUAAGAUUAGAAUAGACUGACUGCAUGCAUAGUAGAGUCUUGCAUAUUGUGUUUUUGUAACCCCUCUUGAGGGUCUUUAAUGAAUAGAAUACAUUGUAGUAUUGUUGCGGUGUAUUAUCUGAAUGUCCCAUUUCUCUCUGCCUGGGUGUAAUUGUGUGCUUUUUGUCC